CUCCAUCUGCAUCGGUAUAGGCGUCCUGUAUACAGCUGUUUCAAUGAUAUACUGAACAAAAUUCAUGGUGGGUCAAACAGGAAAAAAACUAGGGGAUAAGGAGUACAUGGCGGCAUUUAAAUAGACGAUCGUCCUUGCCGACAGAAACCUCGAAGUUAGAGCCUCCAGCAAGGGUUGAGAACCGCAUACGGCUGAUAGCGAGUGUGGGCUCUUUGCUGAUAUUUUUUUGCCCCUUUAUUCUGCAAAUCGACAUAAGAAUUUAUCACCCUUAAUACAGCUUUAAAUUAUGAGCUUCAGAGCAGAAAUCUGCAGUCGGUGCAAUGUACAAUCAUUUUAUUACAUGGGUCUUACUGUUUAUCAGCUCCAUUGCUCCAUACAAUGCGAAUUGUUAGUUUGAUUAGGUUUCCUGAUUUCGUGCUGCACUGUUAAUGGCAGUCUCUAAGAAGCCUUUUUAAGGGCUGCUCAUACUUUAUUGCUUGAAGAUAGGAUAAUACUUUUGUUGGGUUGUUUCAAUUUGGUUUGAUGAGCAUGGAGUUUAAUGUUCCUUCCUGUUUUGGAGAUCUUCCUAGCCUAGCUAGCCCCCUGGGCUGGGGUGCAGAGACCAUAGAUUUGAGCUCCUUUGGAGAUGUGUUCCGCAUUGAGGAUUUGUCUGAGUUCUCUAAUGAGGAGAUUGCUGGUCCUAUUCCCUCUGAACCCACUCUUUCCUCUGCUUCCUCUGAAACGGUUCCACAGCAUGGUAUAUGGACUUCCUCCUUCCCAAGCGAGGACUUCACCCUUUGCCCACCAUUAUACGAAGGAACAGGCCUGGAAUGGAUGUCAGGAUUCGUGGAGGAUUCCUUCACGGGAAGGUCCAAUUUGGGUUCAUUUGCAGACUCCUCUAACAUCACCGACGAGAAGCAGAUAGCGGAACCGGAACCCGAAGCGGGAGGUCGUAUGAACUGGAACCCGCUAGAUUUGAAAAAGGAACGCGCAGUACCUGGCCGCGCCCGCAGCAAGAGGUCAAGAGCAGGGAGCUUUCGCGGGUGGUCAUAUGAAGAUCAUAGAAAUGGGCAGGCAGAAGAAAGUGUGAAGGUGCGCAGAGCAGAAGGAGGAGCGCAGGUGCAGCAGCCAAGGCGUUGCACGCACUGCCUGAGCCAGCGUACGCCGCAAUGGCGGGCAGGGCCGCUGGGGCCAAAAACCCUCUGUAAUGCGUGUGGUGUCAGGUUCAAAUCCGGUAGGCUCUACCCCGAGUACAGACCAGCCAAAAGUCCUACUUUUGUUAAUUCAAUUCACUCCAAUUCGCACAAGAAGGUCUUGGAGAUGCGAAGCGAUUUUAAUGGCGGACAACAGCAGCAGCAGCAGCCGCCAUUAAAGGUUAAAAUUAAGAUCAGUACUAGUUCUCCCGGUUUGGAUGAGUUGUCAUCUGGGAGCAACUGAGCAUUAUAUUCGUUAUUAGCAUAGUUGAAUGGAUGCAUCGAUGAUUGUCUGCUGCUUCGUAUGGACAUUAAAUCUCUUCUCUUUCAGCUUACAGUGAAUGAUCAGAAUGCUUCAUAUUGCACCGUUUCA